CGUUGAGAUCCUGUCACCCCCAAAAGAAGUUGUCUGAAGGGCGAACGAUGGAAGAGUCCCCAAAGCGCAUGCAACUCCCACACCAGUGAAUGCUUUCGCAAGGGCCUCCUUUGCCCUAUUCAUCUCUCCAGUCCCAUCUUACUGCACUGUGCACCUGAUGGUGGCCCCUCCUGCGCCCGCAUCUCUCGCCCAAUCUCGAAACCCUGUGAGGCCGCGAAAUCAUGAGCUCGAAGCGCAGAAGCGGCCCUGCAGGCGACCCCGACGACUUUCUAGCCACGCCUGAUCCCAAGCGACGCAAGCGGAGCGACGAUACCCAUUUCCCCGAGGAAGAAACUCGAGAGACCACCACGGAUAUUGGCUUGAGGCUCGUGAGGCAGCUGAAGAAGUCGCAAGACAAGAAUGGCCGCAACGUCGCAAUCCAUUUUCUGGACCUGCCUAGCAAGGCCGAGUAUCCUGACUAUUACCAGCAAAUCGCCAUGCCUCUUUCCCUCAACAUGAUUGAGCAGCGGCUGGAGAAUUAUGAAUAUGAGAACCUAGAGACCUUGGAGUCAGACUUGAAGAGAAUGGUGCAAAAUGCGAAGGACUAUAACAAUAGUCGAUCUGCAAUCUUUGAAGACGCUGAGCGCAUACGCAAGGCUUUGUCCAAUUUUAUGCCAAAGCACAAUCCGGCGUAUCUGCGACCAGAUUAUCGCGCUUAUCCCACUCCCAUUCCACAAGAACUGCUUGAUGAGGUGCGACGUCAAUCCGUCUCGUCGGAGGGAACCAUGGCUCCAGAGAGGGUCAAGCUGGUAUUCCCUAAUCCCGCCGCCGCGCGGCGGCGCCAAAGUCAGGUCACUCCAUCCACUGACACCCUGACCGACACGAGGGAAGAUGUACGGCAAGAACAGUUGAAGUUUCUGCAGGAACUGUCGGAGCAGGAAGAUGCAAUCAACUUUGAGGAAAAGGUCUCCAAAAAGGAUUAUCCCGACUAUUACAAGCUGGUCAAGAAACCAACGUCCAUAUCGGAUGUACGGGCUUUGGUAGAGAAGGAUGCAAUCCAAGACUGGGACGCGUUGGCGAAAGAAGUGCGACUCAUCUGGGACAACGCUAAAGAUUACAAUCAGGAAGGGUCCGACAUCUACCUGAUGGCAGAAAAACUGGAGGUUUGGUCGGAGUCCAAGAUGCAGUCACUUGGUGCUCAACCACGACGCAACCUCAAGCUCUCUUUGUCACAACCAAAGCCAAAGGCUCUGCGACUGACAAUGGGUUCCUCUACGCCUACGCCAAACCUGGUCGGUGGCACGAUCGACAGCGAAUCGCUCCGACGACAGAAGGAAGAAAUGGGUCAAGCCUUGAGUAAGGUGCAGAGGGCGAGUUCGAAGGCCACGCAAGCCAACGGAUCGACCCCAGUGCCUUCCAGCGCUGCUCCCAGUGUUCGUCGAAGCGCCUCACUGGCUACAACGACUGAGCAAGCUGAUACAAUCACGAGCGAGGUCAAAGUCAACGGUGUCUCAAGCACUCCCCAACCUCAGGAAGCGGUGAGAGCUUCACAGCCUCCUGCGCCAACUCCAGCACAGCAGCUGCCAACCCCUGUUCAAGAAGUCGAAAUCCCUCUUCCGAAUACAGCGCCUCUCACGAAUGGAGCCCGUCACCUCGAGCGUUCUGAACCACAGCCAUCUAGCCCUGGCGCGAAUCCAUCGGUCCCCAACAACAAUUACUUGAAUCAAUCCGUCAUUCCCAUGGAACGACGCUAUCGUGACCCUGGCAGAGGUUGGACCCACGCGUUGCUCGCCUCUGUGACCUUCAUGACCAACCCUUCUUUGCCGAAUGACCCACGCUGGAAACUGGUCCGCUACGGCUCGGCCACCAAGACCCAGACGAGUGGCUUCAUCGCUCUACCAUCUCACUACCGCGACCUACGCAUCAUCCCAACCACCACUUCCGAACUAGCUAGUCGUCGCCGUCAUCGGGUUUUGUUCAUGCAUAACUCCACCGUCUACAAGGAAAGCAACAGUAAUCAUGUGGAGGGGGCGUUUGAGGUUAGGCUGGUUCCAGGGGAGAAUGUCCUUGUUGUGGAAGUUUUGGCAGAUCUGAGGGAUGGGGAGAAGAAGGCGUACGCACCGAGUCAAUUGCAGUUUGACUUUGAGAGGUGCACCCUGAUUGUACAUCUCAACACAUCCUAAAAUAUGGGGGAGGCUUGUUAAUGAGAUUGGGAAAGACUUCUCUUGGUCCAGAUGACUUGAAAAGGAUUGGAAGUGCGGCGAACUGCUUGCGAUGAGCAUGACACAUGCAUGGGAUUGCAUUGUAGUAUGUGCUUUCUAGGACCUCAGUGCCUGUGUUUUAUCAAUGAGAUUGAAAGUGACUUGAAACUCAAAAGCCUGCCCUGACAAUUUGUCGAGGCCAACUUCCACUGGAAUGGCUGAAGUGCAUGGGACAGUGAUCAAUAAACACC